AUGCAAGUUCUUCGCUGUUUUUCAUUAUUUUCUAUCUUUGUUACAGUUUUAGCACAGGAGCUUAUGAGUUCAUGCGAACAAAUCCCCUCAGCAACUUUAGAAUCGAUGCCAUAUUCUGUGUCGACGACUACUAUUUUGGCCAACGGAAAGGCAAUGCAAGGAGUGUUCGAAUAUUACAGAUCGAUAACGUAUGUCAGCAAUUGUGAUUUUAGUUCUACAACAACCAGGAAAGAUAGCCCUAUAAACACACAAUAUGUUUUUUGA